AAACAACUUCCUCCAUACUCCUUUCGACGACACCAUCCCUCGCUACAACUAACUCUCUGACCAGCCGCCCCACAAAGCAACAGCAUCAACAAGAACAACAGACUGUCCCAGGCAACCAUGGAGUUUUUUUUUAAGUAUCACCGUGAACCCAGGACGGAGAAGGAGCGUGAGGCCCUUUAUGGCCGUAUCCGACAAACUGCUUACUGGCUCGACAGCUUCGCAACCGUCGGCGGACUCAACGUUGGACUCGAGGCGAUCGUCGGCUUCAUUCCUGUCAUCGGUGACUUCCUGGGGCUAUUCGCAUCGCUAUAUCAAGUGUACCUCUGCUAUCUCUUCAGGAUCCCUCUGCAUCUAAUGAUGCGCAUGCUGGUGAACAUCAUGAUCGACUUCGUUGUUGGUCUGAUCCCAUGGAUCGGAGAUAUCCUCGACAUCUUCUACAAGUCCAACCAGUACAACCUUACCAUUCUCACAAAUUGGCUGCAUGAGAACCGUUUAGUGGACGUGCACAAGUACAAUAGGGAGCACCCACUCGGUAACGGAACCGAACCCAGCGGACGAGCGCACACCCGAUCGAGGGCUGCUGCAAGCGGCAUCGGCAUCGGUGGAAGCAGAUUUUAAAGGACAGAAACCCGUGAACCCAAAAGAGCAUCGUCAUGUCCUGAUCAAAGAACUGAUGUAUCCGUCAUGCCAUGUCUCUAUAAUAAUAAAUCUUUGUCGCCUUCAAUGAGUCUUC